CCAGGCUGCAGGAUGUCAUCCAUGUUUCGCUCCAGCUCAUCCAAUCCUCCCAUGGGACAGGGAAGGGUAACGGCUGCAGAGAAGCCAGUUCAGGGGCCGGUGACCUUGGAGGAGGUGGCUGUAUAUUUCACCAGGGAAGAGUGGCCUCUGCUGGACCCCACUCAGAGAGCCCUCUACAGGGAUGUCAUGCAGGAGAAGUAUGAGAACGUGACCUCGCUGGUGUCCUGGUUUCAGCCCACAUGGAAGAUGAUGAUAUUCGGGAAAGCUGCAAGAAAUCGGCUGUUAUCACUCCUUCCCCAAGCAUACCAUGAAUCUUAUAAGGAAGCCUGCUCUCUUGAUUUGUCCAGUCUAAUUUCCAUAGCAAAAGUGAUGCAUGUAAGUAUCCAUUCCAAAGUGAGAACAUGAGAACAGCCAAAGGUCCAUCUAGCCCAAUAUCCUGUCUUCCAACAGUGGCCAGUACCAGGUGCUUCAGAGGGAAUGAACAGAGCAGGGAAUCAUCUGGUGAUCCAUCCCCUGAGGCCCAUUCCCAGCUUCUGGCAAACAGGCCAGGGACGCCAACCCUGCCCAUCCUGGCUAAUGGCCGUUUAUGGACCUGUCAUCCAUGAACUUAUCUAGUUCUUUCUUGAACCCAG